UUCUCAGAGUGUGUCAGAAGUGUUGGAAAAUGUUUUUCCCAGCGAUUGUGGUAUUUUUUGCCACCCAGGCAAUUGUCGCUGCUGGUUCCGAGGAGCGCCAAUACGGCGACCUCCGAGACUGGUACCUGGACAAUAUUCACAUUGCAAACAGCAACUACAACUACUCUGAGCCGGAAGUCUUCAGGCCAGGAAUGGACAAGCCGAUCCGGCAGUGUGAUGAGCGUUACGGGAAGCUCUUCAAGGAGGUGGAAUUCCUCCGGAAUCUGAUGAGCAAGUGCACCGGAUGCGUCGGGAAGCUCUUGAAUCCGGCACCCAAUGCCGAUGGGUGUUUCCCGGGAGUCUGCUACAAGGACGUUCCCUGCUCCGUUCGUAAUGACGAUGAACCCCACUGUGGGCUGUGUCCCGUUGGAUACGACGGAGAUGGAUUCUCGUGCAGCAAGCGUAACGCUUGCGACAAGACGCCGUGCUUCGCUGGAGUGCGGUGUAAUCAGAAGGGGGAUUUCCCGUACUAUGAGUGCGGGUCGUGUCCUGCGGGGUACGAAGGUAACGGAACUGUCUGCAAUCAGCUGGACGUUUGUGCGAAAAAGCCAUGCUAUCGGGGAGUUGACUGUCAAUGGAUUAAGGAUUCACCAUACUACAAGUGUGGACCGUGUCCGUCUGGAUACGGAGGUGACGGCCGGAACUGUAAGAAGGUGGAUUUCUGUGCGAAGCAACCUUGUUUUCCGAAUGUCAACUGCUCGUGGAAGGAUUCAGCUCCGUACUUCAAGUGUGGAUCAUGCCCAGCGGGUUACGAAGGAGAUGGAAUCCGUUGUGGUAGGAAUCCCUGCCUUCAGAAUCCGUGCUUCAAAGGAGUUAGCUGUCAGAAAAAGGCAGUGGAUCCCUACUUUUCGUGUGGUCCGUGUCCGCCGGGACUGGCCGGCAACGGAAUUGUGUGCGGGAAAGACUCGGACUCGGACGGAUAUCCAGAUGAGGGACUCAACUGCAAGGAACCUACCUGCACCAGGGAUAAUUGUAAGGUGCAGCCAAAUUCAGGCCAGGAGGACACCAACCGUAACGGGAUUGGAGACGCUUGCGAAGAUGACAUCGACUCGGACGGAGUGAGAAACGAUGUCGAUAACUGCCCGAAGAAGUUCAACCCCAGACAGAAGGAUUCCGACGGAGAUGGUGUAGGCGAUGAGUGUGAUAACUGUGCGAGAGUAAGAAACACCAAUCAAAUGGAUACGGAUCGGGAUGGGAUGGGUGACAGCUGCGACGAUGACAUCGACGGCGAUGGGAAGAGGAACUCGGCAGACAACUGUCCGAAAGCGUACAAUCCGAAGCAGGAAGACUCCGAUCGGGAUGGUGUGGGUGAUUUGUGUGAUAACUGUCCGAAAAGAUACAACCCGAAACAAAAAGACUCGGACGGCGAUGAAGUCGGCGAUGUUUGUUCUUCCAAGUCGGACUCCGACGGGGAUGGCCGACAGGAUGAUCGGGAUAACUGUCCGUAUGUGGCUAACGCAGGCCAGCUGGACACGGACAAAGAUGGAGUUGGUGAUGCUUGCGAUCCCGAUAAGGACAACGAUGGAAUACCGAAUAAAGUGGACAACUGCGAACUUAUUUGGAAUCCUAACCAAGCGGAUCGCGACAGAGAUGGCUUGGGUGAUGUUUGUGAUACGGAUUUUGACGGCGAUGGUGCCGAAGAUUGGAGGGACAACUGCCCAAGAAACGGUCAAAUCAGGAGGUCGGACUUUAGUAACUUUUCCAGGGUUGCACUCGACCCGGAGGGAACAUCACAGCUAGAUCCCGAAUGGGAAGUUUUGAAUAAUGGAGCGGAAAUUUUCCAAAAACACAACAGCGAUCCCGGGCUAGCUAUUGGUAAUGACAAGGUAGAAGGUUUGGACUUUGAAGGGACAUUUUUUGUGAAAUCCGCUGCUAACGAUGAUGACUUUGUGGGGUUCGUUUUCGGCUAUGUCAGCAAUCGCAAGUUCUACUUUGCCUCGUGGAAACGCGAAAAACAAACUUAUUGGAGGUCUCAUCCGUUUAAAGCCACUGCUAGAGCCGGAGUGUUGCUCAAAUUGGUAAACAGUCAAACUGGACCGGGAACCAUGCUGCGGAACAGCCUCUGGAACGACGCCAGCAAACAGGGACAGACCAAACUGCUGUGGCAGGAUCGUGCCAGGAAAGGUUGGGAGUUUAAUACGGCGUACCGCUGGAAGUUGCUUCAUCGACCGGAAGUUGGAUUGAUUCGAUUCCGGCUGUUCCGAGGGUCAGUUCUUGAGGCAGAUUCUGGAAAUUUGUUCGAUUUUAUUAUCAAGGGAGGUCGGAUGGGAGUUUACUGCUUCUCGCAAGCUCUGAUUACGUGGUCAAAUUUGAAAUAUAGCUGCAAUGACGAGAUUCCACGAGACAUCUACAGCCAAUUAUCUCCGGAAACACGUAGAAAGGUGAAACCCUCGAACAAUAACUGGUUAUCCUAGAAUGUUUGAAAUUACACUCCGUUAUUUUCGGAGCAAAUCUUCCCAAUCCCCCGCUUUCCGAAAGUCCAUCUUGCUCAGCGCAUCUUUGUCUUUGUUUACGUUCGCGCGUCAGCUGUCAAGCUGUUCGUUACACUCUAAACUGUGUUCACUCAAAUCAAGGGUUAAAAGCCUACAUUUAUAUCAUGCAAAUACUUUCUGUUAUCUAUUGCUUUAUGAUUCGGAAUGA